UCUUUUACUCGAGGCCAAAUGUUAUGGGCUGAAGAAAAUCUUGGGCAGAGUAUGAGUACGCGGCUGGGCGUGCGCAUUGGCCAUGGGAGAAAGUAUGUCUAAACGGAUGAAGCUGUUGAUAGGCACAGAGGCCGAGAUGGAGGAGAGGGCCUUUGUUAAUCCCUACCCGGACUAUGAAGCUGUUACCGACACAGGUGCUGCUGGAGGUGGUGGAAGUCAAGAAGAGCAGCUGGAUGAAGAAGACAAGUGUGACGUAGCUUUUGAUAGCGAAGGGAAGAUUAAACCAGCAUUCAGUAAGCGGAUCCAGGCUAAAAUCAAUGAUCUUGUGCAGCAGAUGGAGGAAGGGCUGAAGACUGCAGAUCCACAUGACUGCACUGCCUAUACUGGGUGGACAGGUAUAGCCCUACUGUACCUCAAGCUUUACCAAGUCCUAAAUGACCAGGCUCACCUUCAGCGAUCUUUGGAUUAUGUGAAGAGGGCACUCCGCAACAUGAAUGGCAGAAGAAUCACAUUCCUUUGUGGUGAUGCUGGACCGCUUGCUGUUGGUGCUGUAGUGCACCAUAAGCUCCAGAAUGAGGCAGAAAGCAAAGAUUGUAUUGCCAAACUUCUCCAGUUGCAAAGAACAGUAGUGAGUUUAGACUCUGAUCUUCCUGAUGAGCUGCUUUUUGGAAGAACAGGCUAUUUGUUUGCCUUGCUUUACGUGAAUGCAGAGAUUGGACCAGAAACAGUGCCUCAGUCCACUAUUAAAGAGGUAGUUGAUGCCAUUAUUGAAUCAGGAAAAAAUCUGUCAAAGGAGGAGCGGAAAACAGAACGCUGUCCUUUGCUGUAUCAGUGGCAUAAGAAACAGUAUGUUGGAGCAGCUCAUGGACUGUCUGGCAUAUAUUUCAUGCUGAUGCAGCCAAGUGCAAACGUUGACCAAGAAGUCCUCACAGAGCUGGUAAAACCAUCCGUUGAUUAUGUGCGUCACAAAAAAUUCAGGUCUGGAAAUUACCCAUCAUCCCUGAGCAAUGAAACUGACAGACUAAUCCAUUGGUGUCAUGGUGCCCCUGGAGUUAUCCAUAUGCUCAUUCAGAGUCAUAAGGUCUUUAAAGACGAGAAGUACUUGAAGGAUAGUAUUGAAUGCAGUGAUGUAAUUUGGCAGCGAGGCCUUUUGAGAAAAGGCUAUGGACUGUGUCAUGGAUCAGCUGGUAAUGGGUAUUCAUUUUUAUCACUCUAUCGGCUUACUCAGGAUAAGAAGUUCCUCUAUCGAGCUUGCAAGUUUGCAGACUGGUGUUUAGACUACGGUAGUCAUGGGUGUCGUAUUCCUGAUAGACCAUACUCUCUUUAUGAAGGUAUGGCAGGGGCCAUUCAUUUCUUGUCUGAUAUGCUGAACCCAGAGGAUUCUCGCUUUCCAGCAUUUGAGCUUUGAUCUUCAGGGGCAUGCAUUUUUCAGUGUCGUGCAGUGAAACCAUAUUUUUCCAUAUGUAAAGGGGAUUGUGCCUGUUAAGCAGAUUUAGAUCAGUGAAUGAAAAAUGUUUGCCUGUGCGUUGAGGCACCGUAAGUAAGCCACGAAUAUGAAGCAGGUGUGGCCAGAUCAAUUUCUGAGUAAUGGCUAGUGGCCACAGAGUGAAUUCGUAACGGUUUCUUCAAGUGUUGAGUUUAAAGCUUUCAAAGUCUUCAUGUGCACCAUUUGCAUUACCAUUAAGUCAGUGUAUCUCUGUGUUUGAGGAUACAGUCACAUUGCUAGUAAUUUUUCUCUCACAUUUGCAUCUCUUUGAAGACUUUGUGCAUGGGCAUAGCAGUUGCCAAAUAGCACUGCAUGCAGAAGGUUUUCUUUUCUUUUUUAACAGAAAAUUUAGUGCGUGUUGGCUAAAGAAAUACAGACUUGAGUGAAUUGAAGAAAGUGCGUCACAAGCAGCCAUUGAAAGUUGCAUUUCUAUUAAACGUUUUGUAGUGUCAUUUUUAUUGGAAGUAAAUGAUCUGUGUAUAUCUAUAUCCAAGAGCUUAAAUAAUUUUAUAUUCAGUUGUGUGGAGAUAUGACCCUGAGUUACUGGAAAGCUUGUAAAUAAAGCGGUACAGCCCAUCAAGUAACGCUUAUUAAUAAUCUGUUAAUCACAGGCCUAGUUUUUUUUUUUUUUAUAUUAAAGCCUUAUAUUUGACUGUAUACAUUUCUAAUAAGUUUUCUGUUGUACAAUCUUUCACUAAACUGGUAUGAACAGGCCAGGCCAGCCUCACAGUGUACCAUAAAUUGAUUUGCCUUUCUUUGCUAUGAUUACUUUUUUUCCUGGUUGUUAGGAACAGUGUUGUAUAAAUUAAAUUGAAUACUUCACAAUAUUAUCAAUGCUAAUUGCUGAGCUUGCUGUUAACAGUUGGAACAAACUGAGUAGGGUUAGUUUACUAUGGGUAGAUUUUCUGCUUAAAGAAGUAAAUGGCUCCCUUUGGAAAUGUCAGCACUCAAAAUGCAGAGUGCCGACAUGAUGAAAAAAAAGACCAAAACACAGGAGAAGAGCAAAUCACGAAGAUAACUUUUCUCCUUAAAACUUCUUUUUGCAGAGGGGGCAGCCUGUUUGUGCACCCUCCACUACACCCCAACUUAUAUAUAGCAACACUGAGAUCGCCAUACCUUGGGGAAAAGGGAAUAUUCCAAGAAAUGGAAUCUCAUACUUGGUAUAUGUAAGUCUGUUCUUCCAGCCAUUCGGCCUCUGUAUUUCAAGAGGUUACCGUAGUAAACACUAAUGUUUGAUUUGUUUAAUUACCUGAGUAGCAAAAGAAGUAAAACAUAUGCAUCAGUGUUUUCUGAGUCGAAGAAAGAAAAAGAAAAAAAAAAAGAUGUCUAAAUGUAUGGUAUUUUAAGAACUAGCUCAAAAAUUAAGAUUCCAGUUUAGCUAUAGUAUGAAAUAUAUUGCAUAACUGUUUGUGGUACUUUGAUAACAGUGUGUAUUUAAACCAGUUCAUGAGAGUAAAAAUCUUGCAUGUCUGCACAUGUCCGAACCUGAUAAUUCUUCAUAAGUUAUUAAUUCAGGAAUCACUGUUGCCAUGGUGCAGUAAUAUCUGUCUUCUAAGCAGGACUCCAUAGUUACAUUCUUUUGUUUGCAGUGCUUUUUUAGUUGUAAAACAUUGUAGUUACUGAAUGCAGUUGUACUAAUGAUUGCAUAGUACAUUGACUUAGUGUUAUGAUUUCUGACUCAAAACUGCAUUGUCAAGGCUGGACUGCAGUUAAAUUGUUCAUAGUUUUAUAUAGUCCUGCUAUGGUAAAUUGUUCAUUUACAUCCAUUUGUGUGUGCAUGUUUAUGUAUAUAUACAUACAUAUAUGUAUGUCUAUGUAUAUAUCACACACACACACACACACACACACACACACACACGCACGCACGCACGCACGCACACACACACACACAUACACACACGUAUAUAAAUAGUAGAUAUAUAGAUAAACUUUGCAUUUGCGACUCCAGUCAAGGCUGAAAAGGGUCGCCACUACUCAUCAGUUCAGUUAUCUUGUUAACAAACAGGGUAGCAUAGUAUUUCAGUAUAUAUGUAAUGUUCAUUUGUUGCAGCUUUUUAAUAAAAACGUUUUCAGUCAUUGUUCCUCACUCUACAUGGUGUUUUAAUUGGUGUCUUUUGAGGAUUUCUAACCAGUUUUGUUAAUUAAAACUUCUGUGUGAUGUUUGGAGCCAAUCCAGUAUUCGCUUAGUAGUGAAUUUAUUAAGUGCAUCGUAGGGUUCAUUGUAACAGUGCACAAGUGAUGUCAGCCAGUAAGCUGUACUGACCAGCAGAUUUUGGAGCAGUUGCAAGCCAGUGAUACUGUAUGGCUUUAUAUUUGUAAAAAGUACUAUGAGACCAAGUACAAGACAAGAAAUGGCUUCUUUACAAAUAUUUGGCUUUGUAUAAUCUAGAGUGCAUUUAAUCUGGUAAAAUGCUGCUGUUUACCAAAAUAUUGUAGUUUUCUGUAGUAAUUUCGUCUGCAGAGUAUUUGUUUGGUGUUGAAGUCUGGUGCACACCAGCAAGAUUACUGCUUUCCUGACAUGAUCUGUGGCAAAGAUCAUCACAUUAGUAUGUUUCACUCUUGCAGCUAUGUAACAGUGUGAUAGUAUUGACUUUAUUCAAUUGAAAUGAGUACAAUUGUAAAAAAAUUUAAAAAAAAGUAUUUCUUGAUGACAUGUCAACCUGCAAGGCUCAAUAAACCAGACAAGUUUUC